AUGUUCCGCUCGACGAAUAGCAACAAACGCCAUUGCUCUCAGGCAGAAAACCUUCCUCCCUCAAAGCUUUCCUCUCACAGAUUCGACCCGCUCAGGUCUUCCCGCCGGCGCCGAGCUGGUGUCCAGUCAAAGUACAACCUCGAGCAGUCCAAACGUCGUAGUCAGAAACAGCCUGUUCGUUUCAAUGUUUCGUGCCCCGUCACCAAACCUACCCCGUCACAGCCCACUGUUUCGAGACCAGCAGGUCGCGCCAACGUUCCCGUCGUCCUCCCGAGAGCGCUUGGUCAGCCGUCCCGUGCAGAGGUUACCAAUGAAGCUCUUCGUGCCGCUUUCGGCAACCACUACGAUCCUCUAGUGCCAGUUGACUUUAUUCGAGACAACUAUGCAAACAAGGGUCUAAGGCUUCUUGCAACAGUUAUCUCAGUAUCAGCCGACAUUCCCAAGUCCAAACUUCCCACUGAGAUCCAGGUCCUCGUUCACGACGACUCUAGUGAUGAUCUUCCGACUCACAUGCUCGCCGUUUACGGUUCCAAAAAAUCUCCUUCAACUAAUAAAGUCGACGUCAAACUUUACCCAGUCCACGCUCCUAUAAUGACCGCUCACUGCACUAAACUUCCUCCAUUUUCCCCUUCCCCAAUCACCUCAUCCGACGACGGAGUCCCUCCGGCCACAAACAACGGUAUCCCACGAGCAUUAACUCUUCCCGUCAGAAACUUAUGUCUCCCUCACCCGAGUUCUUUCCCUCAUAUUUGUCAGUAUCUCUACGCCCGUAGAGCUGAAAUUCUUUACAACGCUUUUCUUCCCUACCCCCCGUCGAAAUGUGCUCAAGCGUUCAAUGAGGCUGGCACUGCUACUCCUUCGACUAGCACCACUACCUCCGAGUCCUCGCCCUCAUCUUUCUACACUCAGCCCCAAAACGUAUCCCACCAACUUGACCUAGCGAGUGAUCUCGCUACCACAUACACGCCCCAUCGUCUUCUAGAGUCCGUCGCUGUUGUUCACGGGACUUGGAUGAACGCGUGUGCGUUGGGAAUUUUUGACGAUACGCUUUGGACGGUGAUUGAUGGAUGUUGGGAAGUCCUUUUGAGGGCGUUGGCUAUGGGUGCUGGUGUUGAGCUGGAGGAGCCUGAGGAAUCGUCUUCGGCUCAGUGAACCAUGCACACGGACCAUCUAUGCCACUUCUUUCUUAUGGAUCUAUGCUUCGUAUGCCCCCCCAUGUCCCCCUCCCUCUAGUUGAUAUACCAACCCCGCUACCGUUCCACGCUGUAUCUCUAUCAUUCGCUGUCGAUUUUGCUAUCGUUGACUUAUUGUCUUAAGAUUAUUCGAAGUUCCGCCAACUGUAGUUGUAUAUCGCAACAUUUUCGUAGAUAGAAUAAACGAACUAGUUUAAUAAAUAAAAAUCAAAGUAUUAACAUCCUUGACUUGUGC